UCACCACCAUCCUUCCCACCAUGAAUCCCAUCACCACCAACCUUCCCAUUCUGAAUCUUGCCACCAUCCCUCCUCACCUGCAGACACACACCACCACCAUCAUCACCAUGACGAUCACCACAGCCCAUCAAGCCCUUCUAAGGAGAACUCUCCUGUCAGUGUGUCAGCUGCAGAGCUGGAGUCAUUGUCCCAUUCCAGCAAGUCUUCCAGGAAUACCACCAGCCCCACCAAUCAGGAUGAGCAGCAGACAGCCUACAGCGGCUCAACUGCCUCUCUACAUAAAGAAGGAUCCGAGGUUGAUCGAAUAAUGAUGCUUCAGGAGCAAAAUGAGGAUCUGCACCACAGUUUGCUCCAGACUGCCGUGCGAAUGGAGUGCAUGGGGACUGAGUUUAAGAGCAGUCACCAGCUCCUUGAGUCAGAACUACAGAACACACGUGUGGAGCUGAGUAGCCUCCUGGACAAAUUCAAAAGACUGAGGGAUAACUACUCCUACACUCAACAGACCAAUAAUCUCUUGGAGCGGAAGCUUCAUUCAGUGGCUCAGAGUAUGGACGGGGAGCGUGAGCAUCUGAACCAGCGCAUCACAGCCCUGACAGAUCAGCUGUCCUCAGCCAAGACCACCAUCCACAGCAUGGAGACUAUUAACGUAACAUCCUUGCUACAGGAAGCCCUCGACAAACAUUUCCACCCAGAUGAUUCUGUCAAUCAAUUCCUUCUCCCUGUUGCCCCCCCUCCAGUCCAAUUCAUGGAUAGUCAUCAUUAUGGAAAGGUCACCACCAAAGGGGAAGACCUAUCGCUGGGAACAUUGCCAGAAGAGGAGGAAUCUGAUUGGUCGGAGAUGGGGGAUGAGGCUCCAAAAUGCGUUCUGAGGUCAGCGGGAGGUCAUCAUGUUGGCACAGCGUUUCAACCGUGGAGACAGGAGCGUAUUUGCUGGGCAGGACAGGGAGAGGGAGACACAGAGAGUGAGUCAGGGGGUGAGGAGAUUGUCAGACAACACCCUCCCCACUCCCUACAGAUCCCCCAUCUCCAUGUCACCAUUCACUCUGAGACCUUAUCAGCCCCCAUGGAUGAUGUCACCCUCACCACCAGCUUCAAGAACUCAGCUUAUGGCCCAACAGAUGAGGACGGGUACAGGGUCACUGCGAGCCGCAAACUGGGCUCUCCCAUCCGCAUCCUGUCAGCCAGUCUGGAGGAGAUUCCCUCCUCCAGGAGACAGAAGCACAGGCAGGUGGAGCAGCAUGGCCAGCUGAAGGGCACAGAGGCCAUGAUGGACCUCCACCAACCAGAGGACGGUACCAUGGACGACUCAGAAGAUGAGAUCAUCCGGAACUGGAGGACAAGGAGCGAGGACAUGGGUGAUGAUGUCAGGGAGGUAGAUCCUGGCAGCAGCUUGGACAACCUGCAGUCGGCCCAAAAUAUGCUCAACCACUUUAUCUGCCAGCUGCAGCCCAGUGUGGAGGAGGGGCGGGGCUGGACCGGAGGGGCGCCGGACGAAGUGCUGAAUGGGGAGAGAACACAGCUGUGACACCUGAUCUCUUCGCCGAGACACAGAUGUGGACAGGUGUCGACUGGGUUGGUGGUUACUGAAGUAAGCAUGAUUUGGAUAACAUUAUUAGUAUUUUGAACAUAAAGCAACAGAAUUGACCACUUGAAUAAUAAUACUUUUAAUUAUUACAAUUUUCAUCCGAUUUCAAACGUUUUCAGGCCUAAAUAACAGGGCCCCAAAUAGUAUUCAUCAUUAAUAACAAGUAAGAUAAAGAAACUGUUUCAAACAUAGUGUUUUCCUCUUUUUGAAGAUAUUAAGUAAUUAACGCCUGCAAAGAGCUGUAAUGGCAAGCGGCCCAAGUUGGAGAUCCUCAGCUCCACAUUUUAAUAUUUGUGAUAUUUUUCUCGGUUCAUAAUCAAAGACAUGUCCUGAGGUCUUUUUUCCCCCAAGUAUGCAGGGAUUUGGCUUUGAUGUCCUCCAGAGGUAACAUCAAACAAAAAACAUGUGGCUUUGAUUUUCCCUGUUCCCUCACUCUGGGAAACCCUAUCCUAGGCUUCACUACUGUCUCAUCAUAGCAGAGCACAGCCAAAUCCCACCCUUGUCUCUGGAUUAUAUAAUAAUAGAUCCUUCCAGAACCUCUUGUGCAUAAUUCAUCAUAAUGGUUUGUGUUUUUCCCACCGUGCAUGUUAGAUAAGAAGAGGAGUGUUGCAUAGGAUUGAGGUCCUUUAGGUAAAGAUGUAAGAUGUGUUGAUAGACUUUGUUUAUCCUCAUAAAUGAAUCCACCUGUAGAUAUAGACAUAGUACCAGGUCUAACCUGUACAGUGCAUAGUCAAAUAUUUAAUAACGUACCAUAUAAAGAGUGUCCGUUGGACCGUCACUGUGGAUGGGAAACAAUGUAUUUUAAGUCAGGUUUUUAAUUGAUGGAGAUCAAAUGAAAACAGAAACAUUUGAUACGGUUUUUAUGAUUUUUGCUGAUGGAUCUGUGUGGUCUGGUGUGAAUGGUUCCAACUGCUAGAUAGUUUCCUCCUUCCAUGGGGAAAAAAAAAUAUAUAUAUAUAUAUUUAUUCUUCUUGCAUGCAAAUAUGUUUUAUCUUGAAAAUAUUGAUGUUUAUGUACAUGCAAACUGCAGUAUGUUCUAUAUUUUAAUAUUGAUGUUUGUGUACAUUCUGUAGUCUCCAUAUUGAUAGUAUGGCAAAAAAACACAAGACAAAAUGUAAAUCUGAAUCACCAUUUCUCAUUGUGGUCACCAGAGGCAUGCAACAGUCAGUUUGAUAAAUGUAUAAUAUAAGCAAUGUUAUGCCACAUGAAAUGUCUGUUUUGUCCUGUGUAAGGGAUUUUCCUCUGGUAACCACAGUAAAAAAAAAAUAAUUAAAAACUGAGCGUACAAAACAUUAGGAACACCUUACUAAUAUUGAGUUUCACCUCCUUUAGCCCUCAGAACAGCCUCAAUUCGUCAGGUCAUGGACUCUACAAGGUGUCGAAAGCGUUCCACAGGGAUGCUGGUCCCAUGUUGACUCCAAUGUUUCAAAAUUCAAAAAGGCAGUCGCACAUCUGAGCAAUCUUUUUUGCAGGUGCAUGGUAUCAGUUGACUAAACUGAGAAAAAAGAAGAAACCCGCACUCUGCUCUUUAAUAAGCUCAACGUUUGAGCAAAUGGUCGAGAAAUAUCGACUCCCAAUGCAGGACUUUUUACGCUUCCUACAAGUAAGACAUUAUAUUCUGAAGAGCACCACCUUAAUUGGCAACCCUGAUAUGUCUGUCAUUGAAAGAAUGCCUUUUUUUCCACAAAGGAAAAUGUCUGUAAGUCUGUUUUAUGAUGCUUUAGGGUCAUUUUCUGCUGUAGACACACAGAGGGCGAAACAAGUGUGGAAGAAAUAAUUGUCUGUUACUAUUGACAAAGAGAUGUGGGAGGACAUUUGGAAAUAUGCAAAAACAGUAUCUAUAUGUAACCGUACUAGAGCAAUCCAAUUAAGUAUAAUACACAGACUGCAUAUAUCCCCAAAUCGCAGACAUGCUUUUAGCCCCACUUCCUCUUCCCCUGAGUGUCUUAAAUGUAAAACUGAUACAGGCACCCUAACACAUUGUUUAUGGUCAUGUAACAAAAUACAAAGAUACU